ACUACAGGAGGCUGCGAGACACAAACAAGACGAUCAUGAUUUAAAACACACUGCAGUAAAGAGAGAGAGGAGCAAUCGCAGCAGGACUCCAGCUGAAGGACCCUGUGUGUGUGUGUGAGAGUGUGUGUGAGACAGACAGAGAGAAAGACAGACUGUUGUGGCAGGCAUGGCGUCGGAGCCGGAGCUGGAGCCGGGCACUCAGUCCAGAGUGAUGUUUCAGACCAAAGAGGAGGAGCCUGCCCAACGCAAACUGGGCAAACUCACGGUCAAAUACAACCGUAAGGACCUGCAGAGGAGACUGGACAUCGAGGAGUGGAUCGACGACCAGCUGCACCUGCUGUACGACUGCCAGGAGGAGGAGAUUCCGGAGCUGGAGAUCGACAUUGAUGAGCUUCUGGAGCUGACAGAUGAAGAGCAGAGAUCCAGACUGCACGAGCUUUUACAGGAUUGCGGAAAGCCAAAAGAGGAUUUCAUCAAUGGGCUGCUUUAUCGGAUGAAGGGUUUGCGAAAGAUGUCUGGAUCUCUGAAGAAAUAAUGUUAGGUCAAAAUCUGGAGUUUUAUCAAGAUAGCUCCACCCCCCUGACUCCACACCUCAGCUCUAAGCCUCGCCCCUGGACCACACCCACUGGUCCUGCAUUGACUUUCAUUCACUAAACACACACUAAUAAUCUCACAGCACAAAAUCUCCAUUCGCCUACUAUGACUUUUUUUUGUGAAAUGUACAUGUUGUUCCCUAUUUAUACACACACACACACACACACACACACACACACACACACACACACACACACACACACACACACACACACACACAUAUAUAAAUAUAUAUUUGUUCUGACAAGUGUUGUAUGUAAUAGUUUGUUUCAGAGAUUCAGCAGGAGGUAAUAAAUGAAGAAUUCAGGAGAUCUUUCUUACA